AUGAAUCCUGAGGAAGAGUCCGGUGAAGGGGAACCCCAAGAAGCCUCAGAAGUGGGAAAAGAAAACAGUGAAGUAAGGGUCCCCCAAAUGAUAUCAGAAGAGGCAACACAUAUAAAUGCUGAAGAGACGACUCAAAAGGACGAGGAAAGGAGUGCUCCAAAAAGUAUUGAAAAAGAGAGUAACUUGGACACAAGAAAAGAAAAUAUAUACAAAAAUGUAAAAGACUACAAUAAUAUUAAUGAUAUUAUUAGCUACAUUAUUAAAGUUGGUGUAUGGGAAAUGUAUACAUAUGAGUGGCUAAUGAAUAGGAAAACUUUUCUUUACUACAAUACUUAUGUAGAAAACUAUUUUUUUUAUGAUAAAAAUAAUAAUUUGACUCCAUUUAAUGAAAAAUAUUUUUUUUUAUAUGUGAUGACAUUUGAUGAUACCGAAUUUGUAGCUAGUUUUUUUUUUAAAAAGAGUGAAAAAAAAAAAAAAAAAAAAAUUAAAUUAAGUAGUUACACCAAAACAAUGCAAGGGAGAAGGAAAAAACAAGAAGAUAGAUAUACUGUUAUUAAUGACAUGACCAAAUAUAUUGAUGCAUAUGAUUAUAAAACUCUAUUUUUUUAUAAAAGAAAUCCAUUUUAUUGUUUUUCUAUAAUUGAUGGACAUAGAGGUAUAAAGGCAUGUGAAUAUUGCAUGACUCAUAUUGUAAAAAACAUUAUUUAUUAUUUUUAUAAUCAAGACAACGUCAAAGAAGAUGAAUUUAAACUUAACUCUUCAUCUGUUACAAAGGACAAUAAAGUGGAUAUCACCGAUAAUCAAAAUCAUGCAGAAAAAUAUGCUACACAUAAAAGGGAUGUUCACAUCACAAAUCCGUCCUCCACUGCUUCUAACACUGCUUCUACCACUUCAUCUAAUACUGCUUCUACCACUUCAUCUAAUACUGCUUCUACCACUUCAUCUAAUACUGCUCCCAUCACAUCAUCUAAUACUGCUCCCAUCACUUCAUCUAAUACUGCUGCCACCACUGCUUCUGUCACAACUUCCAAAUGCGGUGUCGAUAAAAAUAAUGAAAGGAGCGAAAAUAACACGUGUGAUGAUCAUAAGACUACCGACUUGACCAGUCCACACGCCUCCACAGAGGGUGAUAAAAGUGAAACAUCAGAAAUGAGUUGCGAACAAGGAAAUGAAAUGGAAGAAGGUAAAGGUAAAGACAAAAGGAUAAUCGUUAAGGAACAAGUUCCUCAAAAAAAAAAAAGAAAAUUAGACAAUUCUGAUCUUGCAGAAAGUGAAGAUGAUGAUGAGAUUAAGCAUAACGAAAAAUGCGCUCCAGUAAAUUUGAGUGCCAAUAGUGGUGAUAAUGGAAAGGAAGAAAAUGAUAAAAACAACAGGGAUGUUCAAAACGUGGACAAUGGAAACACUACAGAAGGUAAUACCAUUCAAAACGAGCAAAAGAAACUUGUGUUUUUAGAAGAUCUAACGGAUCAAGAAAUAAUCAAUUGUAUAAAGCUAGCUUUUUUAAGAACAGAUGAACAAUUCUUGAAAGUUUCGAAAUUCCCAAAUCAUGGUUGUACUGUCGUCUCCUUGAUCAUUAUAAAGAAUAAAAUGUUUAUCGCCAAUCUUGGCGAUUGUAGAGCCAUUGGAAUUGUUAAUGUGAACAAUACACUAAGACCAGAAGUGCUGUCACACGACCAUAAACCAAAUGACCCUAAGGAAAAGGAAAGAAUAAAAAAAAUGGGAGGCGACGUCAUCUGCAUGCAAAAUGUGUUCAGAGUUAAGGCCAAUGCGAAAAAGACAAAUUUGGAUCAGUCCAGUUUGCUGGAUCGCAUACCAUUGAAAGAAGAAGUUUAUCUUGCAGUAUCGCGAGCCAUAGGGGACAAAGAUUUCAAGGAAAACAAUGUAGUAUCAGCUAUGCCAGAUGUUAUUUGCAGGGAGCUAUAUAAUGCAGACAAUUGUGAUGAAAAUUCGGAAAAAAAAAAUAUCGAAGAUAACGAAUCAUAUAAUAAAGAUGAACUGAAAAAAGAUUAUUUCAAAGAAGAUGAACCUUUUUUUUUUUCUGCUGACGAAAUGAAUUAUCUGUUUGUUGUUUUGGCAUGUGAUGGGGUAUGGGACACUUUGACAAAUAAGGAUGUUGCUCAAAUUGUGCAAUCAUACCAGCACGAUCCGGAUAAGGCUUGCAGUGAAAUUAUUAAAACUGCUUUUGCCUAUGGAAGUCAGGACAAUAUAACCGCCAUUGUGUUAAAAUUUUAUUGA